CAUCUACUACCGGUUCAGUUUUUGAUUCGCCUGCCAAUAAAAGUGAACAUGAGGCUGCCAAUCAAACUGACUUUUCCCAGUCUUCUAGCGACUCUGAAGUUCAUCCAAUGACCACAAUUCCGUCCUUCCAUGCUUCUUCUAAUUUUUCGAUUGUUGAUUCAGUUUCGAAUUUUUCUUCCUCAAACCAAAAUGAUUUAGAAAAUGCUGAACAGUCGACAACCCAAACCUUUGAAUCAUUUGCUCCAACUGAUCCUAGUUUGAUUCUAACAACUGAGAAGCAGCAGGAGCUACUGUUUGCAAUUGAACCAGUCUUCACCGAAAAGUCUCUAGCUAGUUCCUAUGCUGAUGAGCAAUUAACACCAACUAAACCUGCAUCUGUUCUUGAUUCUUCUGUCUCAAACGCAAACAUUAACGAUCAAAAAGAAGGCUUUUCUAUUGAAGCUCAAACUGAAUUAACUUCACAAUUAACUUUAGCAAACUCUGUUUCAAAUGGAGAAAACCCAGCCACCGGUACUGAGCAGCCACCAGCUCCAGCAGAAACAACAACUCCAUUUUCGGCUGAAUGCAAAACAGACGCUGCGCCAUCGGUGGAAAACGGCACUCAAGCGGAAGUGAAAGAGGCAACAGCGGUAGAAGACACAGAAGAGCUGACUGGCCAAAGUGAAUCACUGCUCUCACAACGAUCCACCGACGGACAGGAUGCCAGUGAGCAGAGUGAACAGGUGCCUGAUGAAGGCCACUCUGUGUCAAUCACUCAGUCAGACAUUACCACUGUCAGAUCUGAAGAAGCAAACUCCCUGCCAACUGAAGCCACUGUCAAUGUACCGGUAACCGCAAGCAUCGAAACUUCACAUGAAUCAUUGAUCGCCAAUGACCUUGCUGAAACUACCGAUGAAAUGGCCCCAAACACAGGUGAAACCGGCUCAACUGAACUUACCAUUGCAGAAAUGACCACUACACCGCUGUCAAUUGAAGUGACGCCCACUUCCAUCGCUGAUGCAGUAACCCUAACCAACAAGCCUAUCAGCUCAGCAGAAAGCCUGGAAACUUCCACUGAGAGUGCCGAUUCCACUCCGCCAUCGGUCCUCGAGUACAACACAACUCACCGCUUAUCCUCGGCCUCAGUUUUGCGCACUCAUUCAAGUGCCACCGUAACGAACGCCUCCUUCUUUCUAGUGACGCUGUUUGCUAUAAUAAUGGCACAUUGCCUGGUGAUUAAUAUUUAG